GGGCUUCUAGGAGAGGCAAGGGAAGUAAAACAUUAUAAAAUAGGGAAGGUAGAGUGUGGAAGAGUUAGAGGAGAUCGGGUCGAAUCACCAUGUUGAGAUUAAGCCUCUGUCUAGCCCUCCUGGCCUCCUGCUGGGCCAGCGAUCCUCUGUCGGGCUGGGUCCAGUCCCCCGGCUUCCCCCGGGGCUACAAGCCCCUAUCAAGGCUGGAGUGGAGACGGUGUGCCCCCAAAGCCCACCAGCUCACCCUCAGCCUCACCCACCUGGACCUGGAGGACAGCCUGGACUGUGAGAACGAUGCUUUGGAGAUCUAUUCAGAUGGACAGAAGAUCGCCAGUCUCUGUGGCCGAAAGCCACUGGAGGAGCUGCAGUCCAGCGUGAGCCCCGACCUCAGGUCCUCGGCCGGGGGCUGCCUCUCCCUGAUCUUUCGUUCCGACUUCUCCAACCCGGAGAGACACACCGGCUUCAGAGCCUUCUACACGGCCAAAGAUUUCGAUGAAUGCGAGCAUCCAUCAGGCCAAGAGUGUAGCCACUUCUGUCACAACUUUGUAGGAGGCUACUACUGUUCCUGUCGCCUUGGUUACAUUCUGGAUGAGGACCAGCGCACAUGCACUGUGAGGUGCAGCCAGGAUCUGUCCGGGUCCCUGAAGGGCCGGAUCUCCAGUCCGUUCCGUCCGUACCCGGACAACAGCCGCUGCCGGUACACCCUGUCCGUGGAGCCCCACCUCCAGCUGCAGCUGGACUUCUCCGCUGCCUUCGACGUUGAGCAGGGUCCUGAUGGGGCCUGCAGGGACUCACUGACCGUUGAGACUCGUUCUGGGAUGCUGGGACCCUUCUGUGGUGCAGUGCCUCCUCCAAGUCCCUUACUCACACACUCAAACCACGUCGUCAUUCAUUUCAACUCAGACAACUACGGCUCCAACAAUGGGUUCACUCUCUUCUACAGGACCAAAGGCCAGAAUUGUUUAGGAACAGUCACCCCCGAUUCUACAGUCGCCCCCAUGCGUCAGGAGUAUCACUAUGGCGACAGAGUGACUGUCACCUGUGGCAUAGGUCGUCGAGCAAAUACACCUGAGGAAUCUCUGUCGCAUUAUGUGACAACGUGCCAGAAAACGGGCACAUGGAGUCCAUCCUACACCUGUGACUUUUUGACCUGUGACCUCCCAGUUGUCGGCCAGGAUGUCCUUCAACUCAAACCCAAUCAAAUAAACACUUCGUUUGGCGAUCAGAUUCAGUUUAAGUGUAGUUCCAGCUACUACAAUCUGGAAGGCCCUGACACGUACACAUGCGAUGCCAGUGGCGAGUGGGUAUCAAUUCUGGACGGGAGGAAGACGCUGCCAAGAUGCACUGAGGUGUGUGGAAAGACUGCAGAUACUGCUAGUUUGGCUACCGGCAGGAUUCUGGGGGGUGCAAUGGCCAAAGACGGGGAGAUCCCAUGGCAGCUCUCGGUGAAGGGCCGCGGGCUUGCGGGGGCCUCUCUGAUCGGGGACCGCUGGGCCCUGACGGCGGCCCACGUGGUGCACAACAAUGAUGCUUUGACACUGUACGGCAGGGUGUUCAACCUGGCACAGACCAACCCCGGCAUCAGAACCAAUAACCUCCCCCAAGGUGAACCCCUGCCGGUGGAUUACAACAACGUCAUCGUUCAUCCCGGCUACACCAAGAACGUCCUCAGCAGCAAACGCCUCAACUUUGACAAUGACAUCGCUCUGAUCCGGCUGGCCUCCCGGGCGCCGUUGGGGCCGCGCCUGACACCCAUAUGUCUGCCUGAAGCCCAGGGGCCAUUGAUAGACGGCAUGCUGGGCUCUGUAGCGGGUUGGGGAAAGACAGAUAAUAGAAGCCACAGUCAGAUACUGAGACACGCUCCCAUCUCAGUGAUGUCCUCUGCUGUCUGUAGGGACACUCCUCGAAUUGGGGCAGACUCCAUGCUUUUCACUCAGAACAUGUUCUGUGCCGGAGCGCGAAACAAGGACAGUUGCACUGGGGAUAGUGGGGGCCCGUUCUUUGUGCCGAGUUUGGGUGAGGGGAACAAAGGUGAGGCAGGGCCGUAUCGGAUUGAAGGCAUUGUUUCAUGGGGAGCUAAUUGUGGGGACCGGCAAUUCAAAGGUUAUUAUACUGCGGUGAGGAAUUAUGUGGGCUGGAUCCGCGAGACAAUGCAGAAAGUAGAGGAUGAAGAAAGGAAGAAUAUGAAGAAGUGAUUUGCACUUCAUAAUUUCAAUGCAACGGUAUUAAUUAUGUAUUUCACGCCUUACUUUUUUUUUUAUCCAUUAAUCAAACAAUUUUUAAACGAUAGGCCUAUAGUGUUUUUGUGUGUUAGCCUAUGUAUCUUUAACUAAAAUAAAUAAAUCCACAUGUGCUGCAAACAAGUUUUCUAUUGCUUAUCUAUUAGCCUGGCUAUUGCCAGACAAAGCUCAAUCGUAGAUUGCACGUUGGACUCGGGAAGCUGCUGUCAUUUUCUACAGCACGAGGUGUGAUCAAUGGGCCUAGUUCAAAUGACUCUGUACGCAAUUGGCUGCAUGCCGUCGCUUCCCUGUCGUCAUUGUGUUAAACCAACCAAUAGCGGGCCACCGGGGCUAGCGGCCCAUUGGGUCUCUGGUUCAAUAGCGUUUACUUUGGACCCCUGCUGGAUUUAGGAAUGACAGCUCCCUCUGCUGGCGGUUA